UAUUUUUUUUACGUUUGCAGUUUAAAUUAUGUGCCUGAAACACUUUAUACUGAAAAAUUGGGAAUUUUUUUAAACGAUGGAAAAACUACAGCUAGAUGCCCAGCCAGGAACAGCUCCUGCUGGAAGCGUAAUUAGCACCUUACAGGACGAAGUCGUCGAAGAAAACACUAAAACGGGAUCCGUGAGCGGUGUGACAGACGAUCAACUAUUUGAGAAAAUUGAAACACAUCUUCUUGAAAAAAUAGAGGCUGGUGACCAAACUGCUGCGUUUCUCCUUGGCCAGUUUUAUUAUGAAGAGGGAUUACUGGAUAAAGCAGUGAUACAGUUUGAAAGAAUAAAAGAUUGGGAUUACCAAGCAGCAUAUCAAUUAGGAACAAUGUAUUAUGAUGGCAUUGGGAUGGAUAUAGAUGAGAAAAAAGGGUUUGAAUUGAUGCAAAAGGUUGCUGAAUCAAAGAGCGUUCAUGCAAUUCACUUGAAACACCACGCACAGUUCAACAUUGGAAGAGCAUAUUUUGAAGGCUAUGGCGUUCAACAAAAUAAUAAGGAAGCUGAAAGAUGGUGGAUUAAAGCUGCUGAUGAUGGAAGCCCAAAUGCCUCAGUGUUGGCUCAAACUAUGCUUGGUAUGUUAUAUUCAAGACCUGACUUCCUAAACCUGAAACAAGCUUUCUUCUGGCACUCUGAAGCUUGUGGGAAUGGUAGUCUUGAAUCUCAAGGCAUCCUUGGUGUUAUGUACUUACAAGGUGAUGGCAUCAAAGCCAGUGAAGAAAGUGCAAACGAGUGUCUAAAGGAAGCUGCAGAUAGGGGAAAUGUUUAUGCACAAGGACGUUUAGUUGAACUUUAUUACAAAAAGAAGUUGUACACAAAAGCAAGUGACUUGGCAAGAAGGGUGGUUGCCUAUUCUGAUAUUGAUGAAUUGGCAAGAGAAACAGGUUGCUUAGCAACAUACAUAAAAAAGGGAAUUGCUUAUGCUUGCUUUUAUCUAUCACGAUGCCUUGCUGUUGGUAAUGGAAUGAGACAAGACAAUGAAGAAGCAGAUAAAUAUUUUAAAAAGGCUUGUGAGUUGGACCCAGUUUUAGCCCACGAUUUUCACAUGGACGUAGCUUAUGGGAUUUUGUGAUUUUCCCUAAUUGUUCUUUCAAUAAACGCUUAUUUAAAUGCAGUGGCCUGCUACAAAUGGACACAAGGCAUUUACUUCUUGAUAUUGUGUGUUAAUAGUUUUUAUCCAUUAGUGUAACUAUUAUAGAUAAUGUUAUAUUUUUUAUUUAAUAAAUUGUGAUAUCAAAAUGA